CGGACAGCCGGCCACAGCCAUCGACGCCGGACCCCGCGCCCGCACCAUGGCGGUCCCCAGCCUCGCCUGCUGCCUGCUCGGCCUCCUGGCGCUGACCUCCGCCUGCUACAUCACCAACUGCCCGGUGGGCGGCAAGCGGGCCGUGCUGGACCUGGACGUGCGCGAGUGCCUCCCCUGCGGCCCGGGGGGCAAGGGGCGCUGCUUCGGGCCCAGCAUCUGCUGCGGAGACGAGCUGGGCUGCUUCGUGGGCACCGCCGAGGCGCUGCGCUGCCAGGAGGAGACCUACCUGCCGUCGCCCUGCCAGUCGGGCCACAGGCCCUGCGGGGACGGGGGCCGCUGCGCCGCCGACGGCAUCUGCUGCAGCCCCGGUGAGCGGCCGCGCCGGCGGGGUCGGGGCGCGGGGUCCGGGUCCGGGGACGGGGACGGGGUCGCUGGACAGCGCUGACCCGAGUCUCACCCCCCCCCCCCCCCCGCAGACGGCUGCCGCACCGACCCCGCCUGCGACCCCUAGGCCGCCUCCAGCGCUAAGGACCGCGCCCCGGACCUCGGACCUCG